GCCUCGGUCGACGCGCCGCCCUAUCUCGUGUAACCCUGCGGUACACGUGCGUGCGCCAGGAGGCCGCUGCGGUAGCAUGGACGCUUUGGAUCGAGUUGUAAAGCCCAAAACAAAAAGAGCCAAGAGAUUCCUUGAGAAAAGAGAACCGAAACUCAGUGAAAAUAUUAAAAAUGCUAUGCUGAUUAAAGGGGGCAAUGCAAGUUCAACAGUGACACAAGUACUUAGAGAUGUGUAUGCACUGAAGAAACCAUAUGGAGUUCUGUAUAAAAAGAAAAAUAUUACAAGACCAUUUGAGGAUCAGACAUCAUUGGAAUUUUUUUCAAAGAAGUCAGAUUGUUCUUUAUUCAUGUUUGGCUCCCAUAAUAAGAAGCGGCCAAAUAAUCUAGUAAUAGGUCGUAUGUAUGACUACCACGUGCUGGAUAUGAUUGAAGUAGGUAUCGAGAAGUUUGUCUCCCUUAAAGAUAUUAAGAAUAGUAAAUGUCCGGAGGGAACAAAACCCAUGUUAAUAUUCGCAGGUGAUGAUUUUGAUGUAACAGAAGACUACAGAAGGCUAAAAAGCCUUCUUAUUGAUUUCUUCAGAGGCCCCACAGUAUCAAAUGUCCGCCUGGCUGGUUUAGAGUAUGUUCUGCACUUCACUGCACUGAAUGGGAAGAUUUACUUUCGAAGCUAUAAGUUGCUGUUGAAGAAAUCUGGCUGCAGAACACCUCGGAUUGAAUUGGAAGAGAUGGGACCCUCAUUGGAUCUGGUUCUGAGGAGGACACACCUAGCAUCAGAUGACCUUUAUAAGUUAUCUAUGAAAAUGCCCAAAGCCCUCAAGCCAAAGAAGAAGAAAAAUGUCUCUCACGAUACUUUUGGUACAACUUACGGAAGAAUUCAUAUGCAGAAGCAAGACCUAAGCAAACUACAAACCAGGAAAAUGAAGGGGUUGAAGAAGCGACCUGCAGAAAGGAAAGCAGGAGACCAGGAGAAAAAGUCAAAGAGAAUUAAAAAGGAUUGAUGGAAUAUAGCCAAUAACUGCAUUUUUAUUAUAGUCUUUACUUAGAA